AUGUCAGGGGCAAAGCCGGCCGCUGAGCAUGUCGGCUUCCCCAACGGGGACGCGAACAAGCCCAGUGCUGACGGCUGCUGCAACCCAGUGAAGAAAAGCGGACCCAUUUCCAUGGAUCACGUUCUUCUGGCCUUGCGCGAGACCAAGGAGGAGAGAGAGAUCAGACUUCGAAGCCUUUUCAAUUUCUUCGAUGCUACGAACCUUGGGUACUUGGACUAUCCCCAGAUCGAGGCCGGGUUAUCGGCGCUUCAGAUUCCGCCGGAGUACAAGUACGCCAAGGAUCUUCUGAAGGUUUGCGAUGCCAACAGAGAUGGAAGGGUAGAUUAUCUCGAGUUCCGAAGGUACAUGGAUGACAAGGAGCUCGAGCUGUAUCGGAUUUUUCAGGCCAUUGAUGUUGAGCACAAUGGCUGCAUUCUGCCUGAAGAACUUUGGGAUGCUCUUGUCAAGGCUGGGAUUGAAAUGGAUGACGAGGAACUCGCCCGUUUUGUAGAGCAUGUUGAUAAGGAUAACAAUGGAAUUAUAACUUUUGAAGAAUGGAGAGAUUUUCUUCUACUUUAUCCACAUGAAGCAACGAUUGAGAACAUAUAUCAUCACUGGGAAAGGGUAUGCCUUGUGGAUAUAGGAGAGCAGGCUGUUAUUCCAGAAGGAAUUAGUAGGCAUGUUCAUAGGAGCAGAUACUUUAUUGCAGGGGCUAUAGCAGGUGCCGCUUCUCGUACUGCUACUGCUCCUCUUGAUCGCUUGAAGGUGGUUUUGCAAGUUCAGACAGCACGUGCUUCUGUAGUUCCCGCUAUAAAGAAGAUAUUGAAGGAAGAUGGUAUCCUAGGGUUUUUCCGAGGUAACGGAAUAAAUGUUGUGAAGGUAGCACCUGAAAGUGCUAUCAAGUUCUAUACUUAUGAAAUGUUAAAAAAGGUCAUUGGAGAUAGUAUGGGGGAAGACUCGGGAGAUAUUGGCACUUCGGGUAGACUUUUGGCUGGUGGUAUAGCAGGUGCAGUGGCACAAACUUCUAUCUAUCCGUUGGAUCUUGUGAAAACUCGAUUACAGACUUGCACUUCAGAAGCUGGAAAGAGUCCUCAGUUGAGGACAUUAACUAAGGAAAUAUGGAUUCAUGAGGGACCCCGGGCCUUCUAUAAAGGUCUGUUUCCGUCUCUUCUUGGGAUUAUCCCCUAUGCUGGCAUUGACCUCGCGGCCUAUGAGACCUUAAAAGAUAUGUCAAGGACAUAUAUUCUUCAAGAUAGUGAACCUGGUCCUCUAAUCCAGCUGGGCUGUGGGACAAUAUCUGGAGCUCUAGGAGCAACAUGUGUUUAUCCAUUGCAGGUUAUCCGAACCAGAUUGCAAGCUCAACGUUCUAAUACAGCUACUGCUUAUAAAGGAAUGUCUGAUGUAUUCUGGAGAACCCUUCAGAAUGAGGGCUAUACAGGUUUCUACAAGGGAUUGUUUCCAAAUCUUCUCAAAGUUGUGCCAGCCGCAAGCAUUACAUAUAUGGUAUAUGAAGCCAUGAAAAAAAAACUAGAUCUGUAG